AGAUCUAUGUUAUUUCCAUCAGGACAUGUCGGGAUCGGUUUUUAUUUUAUAACCGUUACGAGCCGUUAUUGGUGCCCAACUCAGGCGCAAUGACACACCUAUGAAACGAUACGCCCGAGAUAAGUAUUUUCCCACCUUGGGAGGAAUCGCUCGACGGAGGCACGUCCUUACCGAUAAAUACAGGCUUCGUUUUCGCUCGCGGGUUACUCGCGUCGGAGAUUUCUUCCCGCUCGCGGUCGUAGUUUAAGAGUAAACUCGAGUGACGACACCUUGAGGAGAUAGUGGUUGAUAGCGGGAUUUUAGAUACCGUAGAAAAAGGACCAAUUCUCGAUUUGAUGUGCGACACCUGGUCGAAUUGAAGUCAUCGUACAGGUGGCGAACGAUCGGAGCACAUGCCUUCGGAGAGCUGACAGAGGAUUCGAAGGAUGGACACGACAAAGUCAAAAGCUAAACCCAACCCACGGGAGAUGGCGAAUUCCCUUUCGGUGCUGCUUUGGUGGUGGACGAUAGAUCUAUUUAAAAAAGGUUACACGAAGAUACUCGGAGUCGACGAUUUGUACGAUCCUGUGAAAACCGACCGAUCUAAUGUACUCGGGGACAGAUUAGAAACGCGGUGGAACAUAGAGUUGGAGAACGCGAAGAAAUACAAGAGGCACCCUAGUCUCUUGAAAACCAUCUUUCGUACUUUCUUGUGGGAGUAUUUUCUACUUGGACUGAUGCAGAUACUCAAUGAGUUUCUAAUAAGAUUGGGAACUCCAAUUCUCCUCGGUGGCCUUUUGCGGUAUUUCAAGACUUCGCCAGUGGAAACCUACGAAUCCGCACUCCUCUACGCUGGUGGAAUUUCCUUGGCCACUGCCAUUAACGUGAUUUCCAUAAAUCAGGCUAUAUUCGGAGCUUUCCAUAUCGGUGGAAGGAUCAGAGUUGCCGUUUGCUCGCUCGUAUACAGAAAGGCUCUGCGGCUUAGUAAGACAGCCCUGGGAGAGACCGCUCCUGGAAAAGUAGUCAAUUUGGUGGCUAACGAUGUCAACAGAUUUGAUCUCGUUUCUAUCUUCAUACAUCAUAUGUGGUCUGCGCCGUUAUCGACGCUAAUCAUAGCGUAUUUUCUUUACACCGAAGCUGGCUACGCAGGGUUGAUCGGUAUAGCCGCAGUGUUUAUCGUGGUACCGAUUCAAUCUUACACCGGAAAGCUCUCUUCGAAGUUCCGGCUGCAGACCGCCAUCAAAACGGACGAGAGGGUGCGACUGAUGGACGAGAUCAUCUCCGGGGUCCAAGUAAUCAAGAUGUACGCAUGGGAAAAGCCUUUUUGCGCGAUGGUCGAGCUUGCCAGGAGACUCGAGCUGCGUGUCGUCACGAAGAGUUCUUACAUACGUGGCAUUUACAUGACGUUCAACCUUUUCACGACGAGGAUGGCUCUGUACUGCACCCUCAUCGGGAUAAUCAUGCUGGGCGAUCGCAGCCAACUGAGCGCUGAGCGAGUCUUCGUCAUCUCCUCCUACUUCAACAUCCUGGCUCACACCAUGUCCGGCAUGUUCGUCCGAGGUUUCGCGGAGAUCGCGGAAUGCCUGGUGGCUGUAAGGAGGUUGCAGUACUUCCUCAUGUACGAGGAAUUCCACGGAAGCAACGCGUCGGCCCAUCGGAAUCUCAGCAUCUCGGACGGUACCGUAGAGUCCGACACCGGAAACAACUCGAAGAAACUGUCGAAACCGGACCUACCCUAUAUCGAUGACGUCGACGAGGUCGAGGACAGUAGCACGGAGAGGAGGAAACACAAUGGCCUCAUCAUACUCGCGAGCGACUUGCUGAAGACCGCCAACCUUGUCAAUGAGAGGAAAGGCGAUACGACAGCCCCACACCCGUGGGCGGUCAAAAUGAAUAACGUUACCGCCAAGUGGGAGCCGGGUCAGUCGGAGAACACGCUGGAGAAGCUAAACCUUGAGGUGGAAAAGGGAAAGUUAUAUGUCGUCGUCGGAAUGGUCGGGGCUGGGAAGAGCUCCUUGCUCGCGGCGAUCCUUGGGGAAAUAUCUCUCGUACAAGGCGACGUCAAGGUCAAGGGAAAACUGAGCUACGCCAGUCAGGAGGCCUGGGUCUUCGGUGCGUCCGUCAGGCAAAACAUUUUGUUCGGUCAGCCUUACGAACGCCAUCGGUAUCAGCGUGUCGUCAAGGUCUGCGCCCUUUUGAAAGACUUCAAACAAUUUCCCCAGGGCGAUCAGACCGUCGUCGGGGAUCGAGGUAGCUCCCUGUCCGGAGGCCAGAAGGCUAGAAUUAAUUUAGCUAGAGCGGUAUAUAGACAGGCAGACGUCUACCUACUGGACGAUCCUCUCAGUGCGGUAGACGCCCAUGUAGGCAAGCACUUGUUCGAGGAAUGCAUUCAACGGUACUUGUACGGUACCACCAGAAUUUUGGCGACUCAUCAAUUGCAGUACAUUAAAGCCGCCGAUGCGAUCGUCCUGCUGGACCAAGGGAAGUUGAAGAUUUAUCGGAGUUACCAGGAGUUUACGAGCUCGUGCCCUCAGUACGCCGAUUUGAUCGUGACGGAGGAAACGGACACGAGCGAGGAGGCUUCCUUCGAGAGGUCCGGAAUUCGACGCCAGGUCUCCACUUCCAGCAACAGAAGCAGGACUCCAGAUGUCAGCGGUGGGGACACCGACGUCGAGGACGACGAGGCCGAUCAGGAGAAUCAGGAGAAAUUUCUAGAAGGCACCUCUCGCGGAGUCGUCAAGGGGUCCAUCUUCUUGCGGUAUUUCUUGUCGGGUUCCAACAUCUGCGUCGGGAUGAUCGUAGCUCUGCUCUUCGUCCUCACUCAAUUCUUCGCCAGUCUCAACGAUUUCUUCAUUCCGAUUCUGGUUGGCUCAGAAGAAAGGCGCAAUUACCUUAACACUUUGAAUACGACUGAGAAUGUCACUAGGGUCACCGAGAACAGUGGCUAUGAGGACUUCCUUCCGUUUACAACUUACAUAUACAUAUACUCGACAAUUGUGAUAGCCAUAUUUAUAAUUGGUAUCGUAAGGUCGCUGACAUUUUAUACAUUGUGUAUGCGAUGCAGCCAGCGGUUACACGAUAUGAUGUUCGGCGCAUUGAUAAGAACGGGGAUGCGUUUCUUCGACACGAAUCCCAGCGGGAGAAUUCUGAACAGGUUCUCGAAGGACAUGGGAGCAAUAGAUGAAUUACUGCCAAAGGCUAUUCUAGAUGCCGGCCAGGUGAUCUUAAUGAUGUGCGGCUCCUUGAUAGUGUCUUGUACGGUCAAUCCGAUUUUCCUGGUACCGAUAUUGAUCCUGGGAACGGUCUUCUAUUGGAUCCGAAAGGUCUAUCUAAAGACGAGCAAGAAUGUCAAACGCUUGGAGGGAAUGACACGGUCCCCAGUGUUCACGCACCUCAAUGCCACUCUCAAUGGUUUGGCUACCAUUAGGGCGUAUGGUACUCAAGAUAUCCUCAAGCAGGAGUUCGACAAGUUCCAAGACGUGCACACCUCUUCCUGGUACAUGUUCAUCGUGACAAGCACUGCAUUUGGUUUUUCUUUAGAUGUCUUUUGCUUUAUAUUUAUUACCGUGGUCACCUUCAGUUUCCUCCUGCCUAGCGACUCUUCCACCGGAGGACAAGUGGGGCUGGCAAUUACGCAAAUAAUGUCUAUGACCGGAAUGAUUCAGUGGGGCAUGAGGCAGGGUGCAGAGGUUGCGAAUCAGAUGAUGUCCGUCGAGAGAGUCGUCGAAUAUACCCGGCUGCCUCCUGAAUCCAACUUGCGUGACACGGGAAUGGCGGAGAUGAAGAGCAUACAGAGCCUCUCCCCGACACCGUCGCCAGCUCCGAAAGAUUGGCCCACCAAGGGACACAUUAAAUUGAGAAACGUCUAUCUGAGAUACAGCGAGGACAGCCCGCCAGUUCUGAAAAAUCUAAACCUAGAGAUUCAUCCAUCCGAGAAGGUGGGCAUCGUUGGAAGGACCGGUGCUGGGAAGUCGUCCUUAAUUUCCUGCCUCUUCAGGCUCGCAAAGGUGGAGGGUGUUAUCGAAAUCGACGGCGUGGACACCGGCUCGAUAUAUUUGGAGGACUUGCGUAGACAGAUUUCCAUAAUACCUCAAGACCCCGUCCUAUUUUCUGGAACGCUGCGCCGGAAUUUGGAUCCCUUCGACGAGUUCCCGGACGAUGCCUUGUGGGCGGCCCUUGAGGAGGUGGAGUUGAAGGAGGCCAUCAUGGCGACUGGAAAUGGGCUGGAAAAUCGCGUCCAGGACCGAGGUGGUAAUUACAGUGUCGGGCAACGGCAACUGGUUUGUCUUGCUCGAGCUGUACUGAGAAAUAACCGAAUAUUGAUGCUCGACGAGGCUACCGCGAAUGUCGACCCUCAGACCGAUUCUCUUAUCCAACGCACGAUAAGGACCAAGUUUGCCAGGUGCACAGUACUUACCGUUGCCCAUCGAUUAAAUACCAUAAUGGACAGUGAUAAAGUCCUGGUCAUGGAUAAGGGUCGCAUAGCGGAAUUUGAUCAUCCUUAUGCACUAUUGCAAGACAGUUACAGUAAUUUCAAUUCAAUGGUGAGAGAAACUGGUAGAGCUAUGUACGAUCAACUUGUCAGAGUUGCAAAACAAGCCUACUUGGCGAAGAACAAAGAUUCGCCAGCUGAGUAAUCGAGUACUUGAAAGAAGAUCUGAUAGUAUCACCGUUUUUGUAUUUAUUGGAGGGAUAGAUAGAGAGAGAGAGAGGAUCUGACGAGUGCUUCGGGCGUUCAUUGGAGAAUGCACGCCAUACUUAUAGUAUACUUAUAUUUUUUUAAAUAGGAGUCCACUGUGAGAUAAAGUGAACGUAUUAAGAUUUCUGAAACUAAAUCCUCUUCAUCGCGCGUAUAUAACCUAAAUUAAUAAUAAUUAUCAUGAAGAGGAGGCGCUUCCCAAGUACACGUAAUUCUUUCGGCGUAAGAAUUUUUACUUUCUAUGAAAUUCAGCACAUACUAGACGUAUGUGCACCUCUACUGAUCUUAAAAAGUAUUACGUUAAGAAGUUCUUUUUUUUUCUUCUUUCUAUCAUGCUAUUGUCAAAUGGUAAUUCAGUAGUUCGAUAACUCCAGUAAUAAUUGCUACAAUUAUCCCAAAUCGAUGCUGCCAAAUACACUUGUUACCUACCUUUUUACAAGUAUAUUAAAUUAAUGCAGUACUUAUAUUUGUACUUCAAAUCAUAUUACGCGUAUUUCAUAAAGUCUGUGAUCGUCAGGAUCGUCGUGGUAUUUUGACCGUAGACGAGUUACGGACAUCUAGGUCACGUUAUCAGCCAAUUAUUGUUAAAGGGAGUCCAAUGUUUACAAAUGCUAUUAUUGUAUUUUACUACCACUUAAAACAGCUCUAUUAUAAGUAUAACUUACACCUGCAUUCAUUAAUAUCGCUUCGACUUCCUGUCAUUUGGGAACCUCCUACGUUUCCAAUCUUAAUCGAUUCUUAUAUCCAUUUGAGACAAAUCUUUUGAGAGGCGGCAUUAAUGAAUUCGUGCGUUCAUGUAUAAAUACCUUGGGAGAUUGCUUUCAUCGGAGUUGAAUACAAUAGACAUUAGUUUAAUAAUAGUGACGGGGAGAAAUGAUCACAUCGGUGCACGAAUACAAGAAACUAGGGUACGUGUACAAUUUGUUUACGAAAUCAUUCCAGACUUGAUCACCCGAAAUAUUGACAUUUCAUUAGGUGUGCAUGGCAAUAUAUUUCGAUUCAUCGUCACUGGAUGUUGUAUCCUGUUAAUGUGUAUAGAAGAGAUUUAGAACAAUUGUACAUACGGUAUUUUGAUUACAUAAUAUUCAGUCCUUAAUCACACUUGUAACAAAUAUGUAAAUGCAACUAAAUAUCAGGUCAACCUUGCAAAUAUGACCGAGGUGAUGUAUAUUACUUAUCGAUAGCCUCAGUUUCUUGGUCAAUUAAUAGGGAUAGGUGGUACGAUUUUUGAGUUCCACUUACUUAAUUGUACAAUCACACAACGAACUGAAGUGCGCUUAUCACAAAACUGGGAAGAUAUAUACACUGUAUGGCUAUGUACGUAAAACUGCAUUUUAUGUUAAAUAAACGUUAUUAAAAUCA